AUACCAGAGUUUGCUUGGAUCUCUGAACCGCACUAAAUUGCAGUUUUGCAGAAUUGGUGUAUAGUUUUCUCAAGUCUAAGACAUUAUGACAGUCAAUCAGCAAUUUUAAAAGCCAGUGAAUUACACCAAUCUCUUUCUCGCCGUAAGGUUAAAUUCUCACUAGCCAUGGCAGACGAUAUGCCAGAAUUGCAGUUUGUGUACUCAGAUUCUGAUUGUUAUGAAAAUGAAAUAGCGGAAUUAUAUAGUUACACAGAAGAAAUUGAGUUACCAAUCGGCAAAGAGUUUUUUGAAGCUCGAUUUGGAAAAAAUUGGCUCCAAGUGGACGAUCAUACAAAACGAGAGUUUAUAUUAUCAUUAUUGAAUCUUCUCGACUCUUCUGAUCGAUUGACUCGAGUGGAAGUGAUGAGAAUAUUCCUUUAUCUGGUUCAAGGUGUUUUUGGUGAAUGCGAAACUGAAUAUGAUCAGAGAGAAGAAGCAAUCGAUAAUAGUUUUCUGUUGUAUAGAAAUGGUGUUUUUCACUAUUUUGUGGAUGAACUAUAUACGGAAAUUAUAAACGCUACGAAUGCAUCAUCGGUGAGAAAACCUGCCGUUUCUUUAGCGGACAGUGUUCAUAUAAGACUUAUUCUAAACGUUAUUUACACUGUAUUGGAAAGUAUCAGAACUCCAUUUGCAAGCGAAUCAGAAGAAAGACAAAAGAUUCGAGAACAGUUUAAGGAAGAGCUUUUGUCUCUUCCAUGCGGUGAUGAAACUCUAAUUGUCUGUCUUUUUGGAAUGGUAACAAAAUUCUGUGGCGGUUCUGCUCCUCAUUUUCCUAUGAAAAAAGUUCUUCUACUUUUGUGGAAAAUUACCCUAUUCACCCUUGGUGGUCUGAGUAACUUUCAUGAAUUAAAAAAUGCCGCCAGACGUAAGGCUAACCUUCCAGAAUGGAAUGAAAAUAGUUUAGAGGUGUGUAAGAAAAUGCGGGCGAGUUCGCCACCCACCUCAGCCGCAGAUAUUAUCGAACAAUCAAAUAUGGUGGCUUCUGGUUUAAAAAAGACUGAAAAAAUGAGGAAACAGGGAGGGCUUGAAGAGGAUGAUAAAGAAUUAGAAAAUGGCCCUCCAACUCCACCUCCUGCUAUCAUUAGAUGUUUACCAUGGCUUCCGAAAGUUAGGCAAAAAGAUUUGGAGAGUUUUAUCGAACACACUAGGGAUAAAUUUGUAGGUUUAACAGUUAAAGGGGAUGUUACCUCUAUGGCUGGAUUACCAAAACCUAUUCACGAGGGAAUAAGGGUGCUUAAGAAUAAAAUUUAUGUUUCUUUGAGCGAAAUUCAAAUGAAAAGAGAAGAAGAAAUUGCAAAGUAUCCUUUAACAAAGGGUGAAAAAGAAAUAGAGCAAAGCAAAGCAGAAAUUCUAUAUGAAGAUCUAUUUUCAUCCCUCCCUCAGUACAUGAUAGCUCUAUUAAAAAUUCUUCUGGCUGCUGCUCCCACUUCAAAAGCGCGAACAGACUCUGUCAACAUAUUAGCUGAUGUACUACCUGAAGAAAUGCCUACAACAGUUUUGCAUUCUAUGAAAUUAGGAAUUGACGUAAAUCGUCACAAAGAGAUUAUAGUAAAAGGAAUUUCUAGUUUAAUCUUACUUCUAUUAAAACAUUUCAAAUUGAAUCACGUUUAUCAAUUUGAAUAUAUGAGUCAACAUUUGGUUUUUGCUAAUUGUAUUCCUUUGAUUCUGAAAUUUUUCAACCAAAAUAUUGUUGGUUACGUGACUGCUAAGAAUACAAUUUCUAUUUUGGAUUUUCCAAGAUGUAUCAUUGGAGAGCAGUCUGAAUUAACAGCUGACACUCUAGAAUCUGGCGAUACUCAAACAUACUGUUGGAGGAACCUAUUUUCUUGUAUAAACUUAUUGCGUAUUCUUAAUAAGUUAACUAAAUGGAAACACUCAAGAACAAUGAUGUUGGUUAUUUUUAAAUCUGCUCCAAUCUUGAAGAGAGCAAUGAAAAUUCUUCAAGCUAUGGCACAAUUAUAUGUUUUAAAAUUAUUAAAAAUGCAGACGAAAUAUUUAGGAAGACAAUGGAGGAAGAACAAUAUGAAAAUAAUGUCAGCAAUUUAUCAAAAAGUUCGCCAUCGGCUUAACGACGAUUGGGCUUAUGGAAAUGAUAUGGACGCACGACCAUGGGAUUUUCAGGCUGAAGAAUGUGCUCUUCGUUCCAACGUUGAUAGAUUUAAUAGUAGAAGAUACGAAGGAAAUAUCGAUCCCGAUUUGACUCCUGUUGAUAAUUGUUUACAAAGCGUUCUAGGGAAGCAUGUUGAACUGACAAAUGAAUUUAAACGUCAUUAUAAAUCAUGGCUAGAGGAGGAAGUAUUUUCAGUCAAUAUCAAAUGGGACGAAGUAUUAAAUAUGCAAUGA